GUGCUCGAACGCAUCUGUCGGCGCUGGUGUCCGCGAUCGCCGCCGUGUGUCGGAGGAAGGAAGAAGAAGCGGGCAGAGGUUGCAGCGGUGCACCUGCCGGGCCGCGCAGCUGCCGGAGAGGGGGAGCGAGCGGAAGUGGAGGGGGGAGGCGGCAGGAAAAUCUCGGCGCCGGCCGCGCCGCCUCCAGUGCAGACGCAGGUGCGCCGCCAGCUGGACAAAGGAGCUCCGCUGCCGUUACCCAGCCUUCGUUCUACUCCCACCGACUGGAAAGUUGGCCGCGCUCGCGUCCAGAUAUUACGUGAGCUCACCUUCGCUGCCUCCCUUCCUAAAGGAGACACACAAAAAAAUAGAACGGCGCGUGUGAAAUUUAGCCUGCUUCGCUCUUUCGUCAAUGAACAGUUCAGUUUGUGCUUGGCAUCAGUAAUAUCGACGCCACAGAUACAUUAAAAAGCAUAUUUUGUGUGAAAUGUAGCCGUGUGAGUACCAUCGCAGAUGUCCGACGAGCGCCGUGCGGAACGGAACAAUCCGAAUAUUUACUCAUUCGUUAAAAAUUCCUUACUAAAACUCUGACUAGUAGCACUGCGAAGAAUUUCAGUAAUCUCGUAAUCUUGCCCUUUUUUCUGCACACUAUAACUGUGUAAAGAACAGAACAGUCGGCUAGCUCGCUUCGCCGUGUUAUCCGCGAGUUGUUUGUUGCCGAGAUACUGCCGGCAGAUAUUAACUCGUGUGACAGCUGCCGAGCGCCAACGAGGUUAUCGAAAAGUUCGGGAAACAACUGAAGUACGACUGUCGGUGAGACUGCGAUGCUACGAUUCGCAGACAAUUGACGUGCCCCGUCGGCAUUUCGUAACGAACAGCGAGAAAGAAAAUAAAGUCGAUGUGCGAUUGUCGACGGGUCAGCGACAAUAAGUGCUGAUUGUGCUCUAGCGAUGUUACGUAACGAGUAAGAGGGAAAACAAAAACAUCGGUAGUGCUUCUGUGGUUUGUACUGUGAAGCGGCAGCCAUUACAGACAACGGAAUGGCGGGUGGAGAAUCGUGUGUCGUUCGCGUGACGCGGGGUCGUGAGUGAGUGAGUGAGUGGGUGGGUGACUCAGGUGCUGGCGGCGCUCGCUUCGAUCGAGCGAGACAGGCGGUGAAAGGCGCUGACUCGCGACAUGCUGUGCGGCAUUUCUCGGCCGCGCAGGGCGCCCUCCUGCGACGGCGGCUUCGCCGAGGACCGGGAUAAGGAUAAGGAAAACGGCACGGGGCACUGCAGGACCUGCGGCCGGAGUCCUGUUAUGGCGCCCAGGAACACGCAGGGCCUGGACAGUGUGGCGCAAUGUGCGAUGCGGCCACUCAACUCGCAUCUCAACACGCCGAGGAUAGACAGCUACAGGUUCAGCAUGGCCAAUCUAGAGGACUCGCAGGAGACGGAGCUGGACGCCAUCUUGGGCGAGCUGUGCGCCCUGGAGACGCAGUGCGACCAGGCGCUGAGCGCGAACGCGGCCGCCAGGCGGCAGCAGCAGCUACAGCCGAAGGCCGCGGCUGGUGAGCCCGCCCCCGCGCGGCAGCCGCCCCCGCCGCCCCCGCCGCCGCCGCAGCCCCGGAUGACGCACUCGCGGUCCAGCUCCGACGGCGCCCGCGCCAACCCGGACGGCGACGACGGCGGCCGCGAGCACGUGAUGCGGACGGACAGCCCCGACAACGACUCCGCCUUCUCGGACAACGUGUCGAUGCUCUCCAGCGAGAGUUCGGCGUCCAGCGGCGGCAGCGGCGGGCGGGCGGUGGCCGCGUCUGGAGCAGCCGACCCCGGGAAGGUGGGGCAGCCCGUGUCGCCGACUUCGCAGAUGGACGUGGCGAGCCGCGCCAAGGCGGAGAAGAUAAAGAUCGCACUGGAGAAGAUGAGGGAGGCGAGUGUGAAGAAGCUCUUCAUCAAGGCGUUCGGCGGCGACGGCAGCUCCAAGAGCCUGCUGGUGGACGAAUCGAUGACGGCGGGCCACGUGGCGCGGCUGCUCGCCGACAAGAACCACACAGCCAUGGACCCGUGCUGGGCCGUCGUCGAGCACCUGCCCGAGCUGCACAUGGAGCGUGCCUACGAGGAUCACGAGCUGCUGGUGGAGAACCUGCUGAUGUGGACCCGCGACUCGAAGAACAAGCUGCUGUUCGUGGAGCGUCCCGAGAAGGUGGCGCUCUUCACCGGCCCGGAGCUGUUCCUGCUGCCGCCCGGGCAGCGCGGCUGCGCGCAGUCGGACUUCGACGACCACUCCCGCACCCUGCUGCUCGAGGAAUUCUUCUCGGGCGGAGCGGGCGUGCCGGAGGUGGAGGGCCCGCUGUUCCUCAAGUCCGACUCGAAGAAGGGCUGGAAGCGACACCACUUUGUGCUGCGUGCCUCCGGCCUCUACUACCUGCCCAAGGAGAAGGCGCGAGGCGGCGGUGGCGGGUCCUCCGCCCGCGACCUUGCGCACCUCGCCUCCUUCGACGUCAACCAGGUCUACUACGGCGUGGGCUGGCGCAAGAAGUACAAGGCGCCGACAGACUUCUGCUUCGCCAUCAAGCACCCGCGCCUGCAGCAGCCCAAGUCGACCAAGUACAUCAAGUUCCUGUGUGCCGAGGACGAGGCCUCGCUGCACCGCUGGGUCGUCGGCAUCCGCCUCGCCAAGUUUGGCCGCCAGCUGAUGGACAACUACCGGGCACUGGUGGACGAGCUGGCGCAGGACGACCUGGACCAGCUGGCACAGGCGCGCUCCUGCUCCGUCAGUUCCAUCGCGCCCACGCUCGGGGGCGGCGGCGGUGCGCGGUCCGGCGGGACCGGGGGUGCGGGCUCGCCCUCGGACUCGCCCGGUGGGGGCGGGGGCACGGCGGCGGACGCCGUCUCGACCGGCUCCAGCUCCAGCGGCUGCCUGAGCGACGGGUGCUGCGGCAGUGCGGCCGGCAGCGGCGGCACCGCCUCCACGCUCUCCGGCAACACGGCGGCCGCUGGGUUCGAGUGCGACUUCCCGACGACGGGCACGAUCAAGCGGAAGCCGUCGGUGAACCCGAAGCUGCCACUGACGUCGAUCACGCGACAGCUGAAGGAGGUGGGCGAGACGGUGGCCUGCACCCCGUCGACGCCUUCUCCCUCGACGGCGGCCACCACGCCCACGUCCGUCUUCUCCCCGUCGGUCGACCUGGCAGAUUCUGUGAACGUCAACGUGGGCACUGUCCAGAGAGCAGGUUCGGUGCGGAGGCGGCGGUCGUGCCAGACGCCGUCGACGCCGGACGGCGGAGGUGGCGGGGGCGGCGCGGACGGCGGCAGCAACUCGAGCACCCUCAAGCGGCACCACAGCGUCGGGGGCGGGUCGGCCCGGAGCUCCGCCUCCGCCUCCUCGUCCAGCUCCUCCACCCCUGUCAGGGAGCCACCCCCGCCGCUGGCAGUGCCGCCAGAGCCGGAGGUGGAGGAGGAGCUGCCGCCGCCCCCGCCGGACAUGUUCGAGAGCACGCUGAGCCUGGACUCGCUGCCACCCCCGCCGCCGCCGCAGCCGGCUGAGCUGUCGGGCAGCCGGUUGAGUCUGGCCUCUCUGCCCCCGCCACCGCCGCCUUACCGCCCACCGCCCCCGGCACCGACGCCUGCGCCGCCCUCGGACGCUUCCGCCCCUACAGACUGCACGUCGCCGACGCGCCGGGGGCCGCUUGCCGCCCCACCUCCGGUGUACUCGGCGCCUCCGUACCUGGCGGAGUUGAAGGCGGCGGGCGGAGGGCCGUGCGGUCAGCCGGGGUCUCCGCUGGCGAGCAGGCGGCCCGGGUCCCCACCCCCUCCGACGCCACCCCCGGCGACGCCUCGCAGCCCUGUGCCGCUCGCCGAGACGCAGCAGAGGUCGCGCACUGCCGGGAAGAAGAUCUCGUUCGCCAUCCCGGCAGAGAGCCCGGGGGCGGACGGCACGCGGUCCCUGCCGCCCCCCGCCUCCCGCAAGCCGCCGCCGCCCCGCCGGUCGGAGUCGACGCGGCUGACGACGCUGCCAGCUCCGCAGCAGCUGGCCCCGCCCCCGAAGGACUUCCUGAAGGACCUGCAGAGGGUCAUGAAGAAGAAGUGGCAGGUUGCGCAGAAGUGCAAGGCGGACCUGUCGACGACACCGCACGAGGUCCUCGGCUUCCGCGACGCGCCUCCCCCGCCGCUGCCGCCUCCGGACGUCCGGCGGGAGAACAGUGUGCUGGACUGGGUGCAAGAGCACUACGGGGGCGGCGGGCCCCACCAGUACAACCUCUACGAGAACGUCUACCUGGUGGGGGGCGGCGGGUCGCCCGCCCACGCGCCGCCUCCCGGCCCUCCCGCCGUCAACGGCCAGCACUACCCGCCGUACCGUCACCACGCGCACCCCCAGCACCCGGACGGGGCACCGCCCCCGACAGCUGUGGACUACCGAGCAGGUCCAGCUCCGGGCUCGCGGCUCUCCCGCCAGAACAGCGUGGCGGCCGCCAUCGCCGCCAAGAAGAGACCGCCUCCGCCGCCCCCGAAGCGCUCGGAGACGACGCAACUGACGACGACGGCGGUCCCGCCGCACGCGCGGGCGCCCCUGCCGCCGCCCCCCGCCGCCGCACCCCUCGCGCUGACGCCGCCCCCACGGCCGGUAGAGCUGCGCCCCCGGCCGUCCCCGCGGCCGCCGCCACCACCCUUGCGGACUCAUCUGACGGCCGGCGGGGUCGCGCCGGGGUCACGGGAAGUGCGCACCUCGGAGGGACGCCCCUCUCUACGUCUGCGGUCUUCGGCAACUGUGACAAAUAGGACGAGUCGACGGUCAAGUUACGCGGCGGUCACUGUGGUUUUCCGGUAACCUCACUACCGUUUGCCAAAGGUUUUUCACACGUACGGUGGCCGAGGGACCCUCCACCGCGUGACAGCCGUAGUCGGACUGUCCCUACGGCGGCGGACCGAGCCCUCGGUGUCAGAGUGACGUUUUGUAAAUAUUUUGCCGCAGCUACAGAUAGGCACGGGGCCGCCUGUAGUGUGCGGGAGAACGGUUCUCACGGUUGACAGUCUCUCGUUUGACAUUUUCUUUUUACUGUGAGCAUUUUGCAGUGCAGAAACGUACGUGAGUAUACCAGUUUCCAGCAGAAUUGUAUUUUAAUGAGCUUCAGAGUUUUUGAGAAAGAAAAUUUAUCGAUCGACAGUUGAUGACGUUAUUCCGGGAAAUAAAUCUUCCUCUGUUAUAAUUCACCUCUGUUUCUGUCUAUUUGUUCUGAGGGUAAAGGCCUCGUCGUCGGACGCUUCUCGCCCUCGAGGGACCACCGAGUAGUGGACACUGCACGGAGGUGGUGACGAUUGUGAUGUCGGUGAUAAUUUUAUACCGAAACUUUGGCUUCGAACCGGGUUACCACAGAACGAUCCAGCACUCGCGACACGUAGACCCCACUCAUUCUUACCGAGCUAUCCCACUGUCUGUCUACGAGGAAGUUACGGACACUCUCAAAAGGUGGGAGACUUUUCCCGUCUGCCACGUAUGUCGUAUUUUUGAGUGUUCGGAGCUGUGCCUGCCGAACGUAAAUACGAGGCCGACGAUUGUGCCACUAUAUUUUCUGCUUUUGAAUAGAUAACUGAGAAAAGAAUUCAGUUGUAGGUACAGAAGAUUUAUUUCGCGAAAUAAAACAGUGUCUGUGUUCGUCGAAUACGGUCGAGGUUUCAUUUCCCGAUCGCUCCAAAUUCUCUGUCCGUAAUAGCUCGCCGAACGUGUCUGUAAUUCUCGUCGACGCGGCGGGCUCGAGCUGCACAGUUUCGUCGCUCGUCGACAGGUCUCUGUCGUACCGGACGUCAGGGAGCCGAGGCGCGUUAUUCCGUUGCCCCGCGUCUGCCGGAAUAAAUUUCUUCCCCAGUCAGAUUGCGCGAUCUCGGAGUGCUGCCUCGAGAGCCGAGAAAGUGAACAGUGUGUACUGCUGCAGCGAGAGACUGGCAUGAGGUGGAGGCUGCUACACCACACUGGAACUCGACAUUCUUGUCACGAGACACGGCCGGGGCAUUGCGCGGAAGAGGUGGCUGGUGCGUGGCGGAGGGUUUGUCGCACGGAGGAGGGCACUGAGUGAGGAAGAAGCAGCACUGCGAGCAACGAGAGAGAGAGAGAGAGAGAGAGAGAGAGAGAGGAGGGACUUUUUGAAGAAGUUGUAACAUUGUUCAUAGAUAUGAAUGAAAUGCAGCAAUCAUUCAGAGGACCUCGCUAACCGUUCAGGUAGCAACAGUAUUACCUAGUGGAAAAUUCUUAUGUUAACUGUUUUUCAGUAGUAGGGUAGGUGGAAUGAGUUGGACUGUUCGUGCGAAUGAUGCACACUAACAUGUGUGUCCUGUCAUAAGUUCUCUCUCUCUCUCUCUCUCUCUCUCUCUCUCUCUCUCUCUCUCUCUCUCACACACACACACACACACACACACACACACACACACACACACACACACACACAAUAACAUAGUAAUAAAGUGGAAUAUUCGCUCAGUGUCUGUAAGUCGUGGACUCGGAAUCUUCUUUCAGUGUUGCUGAAGAACGCAAACACACUCUUGUUCCGAGUGCAGGUUUGUGCAGACAAUUUGCUUCAAAUGUGUUUCAUUUGACUUCCUCUGGUGCAGUUUACUUUUGUGAAAUGAGAAUUUGAGAAACAAUUGUACCUGUAAGAGAGGUCGAACUGAAAUAACCAACCGAGCACUUACGUUUUUUUCUACAAACGUGGGUAGUCUGCAUAAACAAAUCGUGUCACGCUACACGUCAGUGGUGCGUUCGGACUCUCGUCUCCCGUGCCUCUGUUUUGGGUGCUUCUAGUUGAGGGGAAACUUUCCGUAAUGAUCUCCAGUUGUUUGUGUAAAAACAGUAGUACAGGCCUCGUACUUGAGCAAGACUUUUUAUUAGUCUGUUUUUUUAUAACGACGGUGCUUCUAACUUUAAAUUUAAAUUUUGCCGUAGAAUCCGCUUUUUGUAUGUACACACGGGAUGUAUGUCUAGAAGGUUUGCCAUUCGUAUCCGUAGCUGUCGAUACAGGGACAGUACCGGAUUAAUGACACCUUUUUACGCGUAGAUUGUGUCGGAACUUUUGUGAUAUAUUUUCGUGUAAAAAUUCUAGCUAAGUAGCUGUUCCUCCUCUGUACCGCACACAUCGAACGAGAGAAAUGUGGUAGCCGUUCCCUUACCCUCUCUCUUAGUCAUGUGAAUUUGUGUCCCAGAAAAUUUCCUCGUCCCUAGACAAUUUUCAGUACUCUGAAUGUAUUUACGAAUCGUAGAAGAAGAAAUUCCUGCCAUCGAUAAGUAGAACAAACUGCUGACUUAAAUGUAUAAAAUGAUGCACAAAUACGGUAAAUGUGACUACCAGUUUUGUACUAGUUUUUUUAAUUUUCUACAAAGGCAACGUCACUUACGUUCAUUUUUAUAUGUAUACGUAUUAUAUAGAUGAAAUAUAACUCAGUGAUGGACUUUUAUCCAAAAUAUAUCAUCUGUUGUAUGUUGUUCUAAUAAUGAUGUGUAUAGAUAGAGAUGUGAUGUGGGGAAAACAUUUCGGAUGUGUUGUAACUACAGCUGUAAAUAAUACAGAUUUUUGUAAACGAGGAUCGCUUUUAAAUUUUCUCCCUCCUGCAUCGGAGGACACGCAUUUCAGACUGUGAUGGGGCGUAAACACAUUAUUGGUUUACCUUCCGGAAUUUCAUUUAGAUACGUACAGGAAAGAGUUUGGAAGGAAAUGUUACGUCUCGGAGAGCUCCUCAAUGUUCUAAAAAAUUCAUUAAUUUCUCUUCGAGGUUCUGUUAUUAAAAAUGUCAUUUACACUGCCAAUUGUAAUGUCGAAUUGACAGGCUGGGGCCAAAACUCACUUGUAAAAAUUGUUUACAGUUUUGGAACUACUACGACAAGUGAAAAUCUCCCGAGACUGCACGGAAACUUAAUUUGCAAAAUUGUGUGCUUUCCAGAUGACAUUCGUACUUAAGUAUGUUACCAUUUGCUGACACUGUUAUUUCAUUUGUAAGAAAGAAAGUGUUGCGACUAGUUAUCACUACUACAUACUGAUGUUUUCAAAGUAAACUAUACCUGAAAUGA